GAAACAGCUGCCCAUUGCUUGAAGAUAUAUUUUCUUGUUUGAGAAGUCAAUCUGGUCAACAAGAUGAAGGGGUAUUUCAUUAUUCUGCUAAUCGCCUGCAUGGUUCUUAUGGCAGCCAGUAGUAGAUCCAGUCCUAGUAAUAAAGGAGGGGAUGAUGACAACGGCGACAGCAAUAAGGGCAAUGGAGAUGAUAAUGGAAACAGCAAUGGAAAUGGUGGUGACGAUGGUAGUGACAAUGGUGGUGACGAUGGUGGUGACGAUGGAAGUAACAAGGCUAAGGCCCUGAACAACAAAGGAAUCAACAAGGGUAGUUAAAGACAAUAAAGAAAAGAACAAGAAAGAACAAAGCACAACGAGAAUUUAUACGUAAUGAAAACUUAGACGAUUGUAUAAUAUUCUGUGACAAUUACAGAGUAAUUGGAAAUAAAUGAGUACUGACCUUUGCAUAA